AUGGGUGAGCCACAGGAACCUUUGAAGUUCUCCGACUUCACCCUGUCCAAACAUGGCAACAAGAGAAUCAGAAUAAACAAACCGGAUGGAGAUGUGAAAUAUUUGAUUUCCCGUUUUACGGACAAUCGGGAAAUUAGCAAGUUGUCCGGCCCAAUGACGUUUAUCUCCAAAGAUCAGCAUGGCGAGAGCCCCACGGCGAAUGACAAAAACAACAAUGCGUUCUAUUGGCUUUUAAAAAACUCCUCGAGUGAAAAGGCAAAAUCGAAUCACAAGUCGUACGUGUCCAAAAAGUGCAACAUGGACACAGAUGUAUUUUUCGUGCUGAUUGAAAGUGAAGAAUAUUCGGACAUUUACCCCGUCUCCAGUUGGCACGUCUUCGAACCGGACCUGUCGGAAAAAACGCUGAGCAAGUUCAACGUGGAUAAUAACCCACAAGAAAAAUUGAGAGUAGAAAAAAACAACAGAAGGCUGGAUGAUAUAAUUGAGAGGUUAAAAAAUAAGGAAGAAAAUAUCAAGGUAAAUUCCAAAGUGAGAGAAGAAGGAAAAAAAAAAAAAAAAAAAAAAAAAAUUGUUAAUUCAGAUUCCUCUUCUUCAUCCUAUGAAGAUGACGAUUUAGGAUUAAAAAAACAAGAAAAAAAACGCUUAAAAAAUCUGUACAAAUUAAGAAUGAGAGAAAAUCAGGAUAAAAUUGAUUAUGUCGAUUCGGCUCUUUCCAUCACUGCCUUGAGAAAAAGUAAAGUCAAUUGGGAUUACAACGAUGAGGGCAAAAAGAGCGAUGAUGAAGACAUAAAUAUUGAGGAUUCUGGGCAGGAAGAAUUUGAUGAUGAUGACAAUAAUGAUGAAAAUGAUGAUUCGGACAACAACUCAGAUAUCGACCUUUCCCGACUCACGACCUACGGACAGACUAUGAAGUCGCUCCUGAAGCAGCAAGUGCAUGAUGAGGAGGAUGACGAACUGAAGCAGUACUCCGAUGAUGAUGACGACGAGGACGAUGAAGAGGAGGACGAAGACGAGGGAGAAGAAGAGGUGGAUGACAAAAUUCAUGACGGAACUGUAAACAUGGCUAAGAAAAACCUAGCCUCCAAAAAAGGAAUGUUAAAAAGAGAGGCACAGAAGAAGGCCAAAAAAGGCGUCGCCCUGAACAAACCGAAAAAGGAUAACCGCCACGUACAAGACGAUGAUGACGACGACGAUGAUGAUGAUGACGACGAGGAUGAUGACGAGGAUGACGACGACGAUGAGGAGGAGGAUGAAGACGACUACCGAGGGGACAAAAAAAUUAUCCCAAAUAAGAAGCAACCCACACAGAAUGCAAAAACAAACAGCAUCAACGAAUUCAUUAAGGAAAAAAUUAGAAACAAGGAACUACAAAUAAAGGAAGAAAACUGUGCCAAAAUUUUACUAAAGCUGAUUGAAAAGAACAAUGGCAAAAUGGACAUCUUGACUCUCCUGGAUGUUUUAAACAUCAAAGAAAAAAACCAGAGCUUCUUAAUCGUCCAAAAGUAUAUAAAAAAUCUGUGCAACAUUAGCUCGCAGACGAUUAACAAUAAGAAGGUAAAGAUGGUAUCCGUGAAGCCGAGGUUUGCCCCCAAGAAGUAG